AGGGUUCCGCAUGGAGCGUGCAGACUUGUAAAAUCAUUGUGCGAUCGCUCAUUUAUCCGUACGAAAUUCUGUCAUCGACUUUUGCGAAGCCAAGAUGAUCAUGGUGCGCAGUUCACCCGGGGUUAUACCCUAUUUAAUUGCAUGUUGCUUUCUCUACGGAUCAGGUGGAACACGUCUCUUCUUCCGCAUCGGGCAUACAGGAAAUUUCGAUAUCAUGAAUAGAUACUGCAGGGCGUACGGAGCAAUGCCAGCCAACCCGGAUGAACGAGAAAAAGAGCAGUAUUUAUAUACACAGGAGUUGCGACCCGUGUAUCUGGGAGGGGUUUUUUAUGACGGGGAAUUCACCGGCUACCAGAACUCCGACAUUGUGCUGUCAUGGGCUCCUGCAAGUGAGCCGUCAAAUGGAACCAGUGGCUGUGUGAUUGUCAACUCCGAACAGCUGCUGGAGAUUGUCUGGUGCAAUCGCCACUACUCGAUGGUUUGUGCCAUCGAAGAGGAGCUACUGACAGAAAAUCACGCACCCGAGCAGAUCGAACCGCCAGGGGAUUACAUAGCAGCUUCUGAUAGGGACUAUGACGAACCAUAGCUCAGGAUAAUAUUGAAUGACGUCUACUGUCUCUCCUUUGUAACUUCACUCUUUUGCAGUGCUCUUUUAUGUGCAUAUUCGCUACCGUAA